AUGGCAUCGCAUUUCCGCCGACACACUGUGAUUCCGGGACGAUGCAGCUAUGAAUGCGGCGGUAUGACCUCAGUACAAUUGCUAUCUAUGCGCAAAAAGAUGGGCGAUAACGCAGACGGACCAGCGAGACGAGAGCGGCUCGAAGACAUAGAUUGGAAUGCGCCAGGAAAGGUAAAGAGUAUAGUGCAGAUGGAUGCAUGGAGGAUGAGAGCCACCACCAACGAGCGGAAAUCCAGAGGAACCAUACAAAAACCGGACCAAGGAAAGCAGGUACAUGAAGACGACCGAACUAAACUCGCAUACCUAAAAAGCACCUAUUGUGCCCUGCGCCAAAAGCCCCUCACGGUGCUAGUGCGGGUUGCCUUCAUUGCCGAAGGCAAUGGAAGCCUCGAAACCAGUGCAGUUGGUUCAUCAAUCGACAUAGUUGACUUUAGUUCCAUAGUCGAAGGACUAGCUUGUGAAAUAUAUGGUGUCCGAGAAGUCGGCAAAAUAGCUUUUGGCGGUGGAGCUAUCUUCGACGGCGGAGGUGGAAAGGAAACAGACACCGUCCGAGGAAGAGGAAGUUUUGAAGGAGUUGCCACGGCCCGAACCUUGGGGGUUUUUGGUCGCGAAGAUAGCUUGAAGAUCGACUUGGCUCUACUGGGCGUGGAACUCGUGGGUGACGCAAGUAAGGACAGCUGUGAUGCUGAGCCAGAAGGAGGGGUAAAAGCCUGCAGAGAAAUCAGAGACGCACUCCGGAAGGAUGUGAUAGUCGAAGCAGAUUGGGGAAUAGGCGGCAAUGGGUCGUCAACCGCGGUGACGCGGGAAGGAAUUCUCGAUAACGAGAUGGUCGGUACCGGUGGUAUUGUCUCCCCGUUGCCCAUCGCACCAUCGGCUGCGAGAGACAUGCGCGAUGCGCUGAAUGACUCGGUCGAGGCUGUGACAUUGCUAUCUGAACGACCCGGGGAGAGUUUCGAGAUGAAACUCAUAAGACGGGCGCGCUUGCGCGGCGUUUUCACCUCUUUUGAUCCCUCCCUGUCCUUUUUGCCCCUCGAAGGAGUUCUGGACCUCAGGAAUGUCCCUGAGGGUGUCGGGGUUGGAUCGGAAGGUGAAGGAGUAAGUGAUGCCGUCGUUGCAACUGACCACCUGCUUUGGAGGUCUCCCGAGCUAUUAGUGGACGAGCGUAACUGCUGGGAUUGUGCGGUAUUGUCAUCUACACAGUUCUUCGAGUCCGAAGGGGUAGCGGGACACACUGUCAAAGGUGCCGUAGAAAACGAAAGUUCAGGCGUGCAAGUGGGAAAUAUAGUGGUGCUCGGUGAUACCGGGAAUGCAGUUGAUGAGGGUGAUACUGAAAACGCAGUUGUUGAUGGUGAUACGGCAAGUGCCGUGUCGGACGGAGGUCUCGGAAAUGAAUCAUGA